GCAUCAAAAUUAAAGAAUACAAUGAAAGAGAGAGAAAAAAACACAUUUGUUUUAGAGAGAGAAACAAAAUGAUAACAUCACCUGAAGAUCCAUCCAUCUCCUUCUUCUUCUCAAUUGCUUUUCAUUUCAAUAUUUAUCUGUAAUUAACCUAACCUAACCUAAGAUUAGGAUUAUAAAUCCCGAAGAAUUCCUCUAAUUUCCAGUAAUAUUUAGAUCUCCAAUUUCUUCGUCUCCGUUCGACUUUUUAUUCGAUUCGUCGGCGCGGUUCAUUCGGUUUCUGUAUAGUGUGGUUUGUUCUUGCUUAUUUGGAGAAUUAAAUUAGGUUUUGUGCGGUUAGGUUUUGUGAAUUGUAAAUUCGGGUAGAUGGAGCCGCGUGUUGGUAAUAAGUUUCGGCUAGGUCGUAAAAUCGGUAGCGGUUCGUUUGGAGAGAUCUAUCUCGGUACUAAUAUCCAGUCAAAUGAAGAGGUUGCCAUUAAACUUGAAAACAUUAAGACAAAGCAUCCUCAGUUGCUGUACGAAUCAAAGUUGUACAGAAUUCUCCAAGGAGGAACUGGAAUACCAAAUGUGAGGUGGUUUGGUGUUGAGGGGGACUAUAAUGUUUUAGUGAUGGAUUUACUUGGACCUAGUCUUGAAGAUCUGUUUAACUUCUGCAGUAGGAAAUUGUCUUUAAAGUCAGUUCUUAUGCUUGCUGAUCAAAUGAUCAAUCGCGUCGAGUUUGUUCACUCGAAAUCAUUUCUACAUAGAGAUAUUAAGCCGGAUAAUUUUCUUAUGGGCUUGGGAAGACGAGCAAAUCAGGUCUACAUGAUUGACUUCGGUCUGGCAAAAAAAUAUAGAGAUAGUUCAACCCAUCAACAUAUUCCUUACAGAGAAAAUAAAAAUUUGACAGGAACUGCUAGAUAUGCUAGUAUGAAUACUCACCUUGGAAUUGAGCAAAGCCGGAGGGAUGACUUAGAAUCUUUGGGUUAUGUUCUCAUGUACUUUCUAAGAGGAAGUCUUCCUUGGCAAGGACUGAAAGCAGGAACAAAGAAGCAGAAGUAUGAGAAAAUUAGCGAAAAGAAGGUUUCUACUUCAAUUGAGGCCCUAUGUCGUGGUUAUCCAACCGAAUUUGCAUCUUACUUUCAUUACUGCCGUUCCUUACGAUUUGAUGAUAAACCUGAUUAUGCAUACUUGAAAAGAAUAUUCCGCGAUCUCUUCAUUCGCGAGGGCUUCCAGUUCGAUUAUGUUUUUGACUGGACUAUAUUGAAGUAUCAGCAAUCACAGCUGGCUAAUCCUCCAGCUCGUGCCCUUGGCCCUGGGAUUGGAACUAGUUCUGGAAUGCCUCCGGCUAUUGGCAGUGCUGACAGACAGACAGGUGGAGAAGAAGCUCGACAAGUUGGUCAGUCAAUGGAUGCUGCUCGGCGCAGACUAUCAGGACCUAUUCUGAAUUCUGGAAGUUUUGCAAAGCAGAAGAGUCCAGUGGCCAAUGAUUCUCUAGCUGCAAAGGAUCCUAUUUUACCUAGUUCUGCUUUCAUGGGGAGAUCAAGCCGAUCUUCAAGACAACCGGCAGGUGUUUCUUCUAGUCGUGAUGUAUAUGUUGGAAGCGAAGCUGAUCCCCAACGCUCUCGCACAACAGAUGCUAGCCCAGGAGCAAUGCAUAAAAUAGCAAGUGGACAAAGGAGUCCUCCCCUUGGAUCUUCAGAUCCGAGGCGGUCAUCAUCAGCCCGAAAUGCUACACACAUGAAAUCUUAUGAGUCUGCCCUCAAGGGAAUUGAGGGCCUGAAUUUUGACACUGAUGAUAAGGUUCACUAUUAGGUGCUCAACGACGCUGUGCACUGUUGUAAAUCAUCAAAUUAUCGGUAUCCUGCAAAUUACACACAAUAGUGUAAUACUGUAUUAUUCUUAUGGGGGUUGAGUCCUGCAAAUUGUGCUUUGCAAAUUCUGGAUAUAAAUUUGCACUCACAAAAGACAACAGCUGAUCAAAAAGUGGCCUGGAGGUCGAGAACUGCCUCCGAAUUUAAAGGGCGCCAUUAUUCAAGAUAUUCUCGAAAUUGCUUGACCUAUUAUUGUUGUCGCUUUAGUUUAUUGAAGCACCAUUCCUUUAUGUUCUUUUAAAACAUUAGUAUUAAAUCUGAAGCCACUGUUAGAUACAGGCAGCAGAGCAGUUUGUGUUGCCAAGUUCUGUUGUAGUCCCACCCAACACGUGUUUAAGGAGUUUGAAAUCAAAACUGGGUUUUCCAGUAAAAACGUGUGUCCUAGAUUUUUUAGUUUGCCAAUUGUAAGUUUAUUGACUGCUCUUCUUAUUUUCAGUGGAUUUUAAUGUCAGUAUAAAUAGAUUGUAAGAACUUGAUAUAGAAA